AUCCAAAAUAAAUAUGAACAUAAUUUUGAUUUUAUACUCGAUUCGUAUAUGUACAGAACCCAUAAAUCCAAACGCGCCAUUACCAAUCUCACAACCCCAUGGUGGUUCAUUAUUCAUUGAUGCCGUCUCCCAAUUGAAGUUUGACCGUAUUAAUAUCAUGUUAAGUACAUGAUGACUUGUGUUAGUGUUUUCUUGUCCUUAUUAGUACUUCGUUGAUUAGUUCCUCGUUGGUACGGAGGAGAUUAUCAGUUUAUUAAACCGAAACCGUGGAUUAAUGGAUCAAAUGACAACAUUAAUUUUCCAUUCCCGGGCAUUCUAGAGAAAACGAAAAGAAAAAAAAAAACAAAAUCAAAUAAUAUUAAAAAAACACAAAAUCAAAUAAUUAUUGGUCUAAUGGGAAAUGUUGGAGUUGCUGAAAGUCUUUAUAAAUUAGUGAGGAGUAGGUAACGAAAUGUCCUCAUUAUAACCCACCACUCUGUCGAUAUAUUUUUUAAUAAUAGAAUGUGGUUGUAUAUUCAUCUGAAAGGAAACACCGGUAAAAUUCUGUACAAGUUGUCAAUCAACAUCCUAAUAUAUUAUUGCUAAUUUGAGACAUAAAAAAUGACUAAAUAAAUUUAAGUCUCUAUUUGGUAUAUUGUAUUUUUCACCUUAAUGAUUUCCUCGUUGUUAGAUUAGCGGCGGAUCAUGUAUCUUUAGGGGGUAUUUCAGGAUAUCCAUAAAAUUUUAAGAAAAAUUUAUCAACACUUGAGGAGUAAUUUCAUGUUUAUGGAAAGAAAAAAAUAUUAGAUCAAAGAUAAUGUCUCGGAAUAUUCAUAAAUUUGAACUCUUGAUUCCGAAGUAGUUAUGUCGAAGACAAGGUUAUCAAUUACACCAUAAGUUGAUUUUUGUCGACUAACAUUAAAUGUUUUUAUACGUGAAACAAAUUCCAACUAAAUUGUCCAAUCUUAUCAAAACUCUACAAAUUGAAACGAAUUUCUACAAUUUUCAUCAUCUCUUCACCUUUGAACAUAGGAAUAAAAAAAAAAAAUGAAGCAACCUUCUCAACUCUAAACCAAGCCCUUGUUCGCUUCUCUACUUCUUCAAAUUGAAUUGAUUUUAACCGAAUUUAGAAAUAAUUAAGGACUAAUGAUCACAUAUUCUCACAUAAUCAAAGCGCGUUUACAUGCACAAGCUUAUAAGCUGUAUGAUAUGAUCACUGAUUACCAUAUGCAUGCAUUAAUCAAUCAAACAUAUACAAACCCUCACCAGCCCUCUCAUAAAAGUCGUAUCAUAUACCCCAAAAUGAAAUGCCAAAUUGGUCUAUUAUUUAUCUACAAGAUAGAGAAAUGGCAAUGGAGAUCUACAAAGUAGUGGGAAACCACCAAUAGGAACCGUUGAAAUACAGUGACAUAUAUAUAACAAUGACAUAUAUUUGCAAUUUUCUUGGCGUCCAGGCUGUAAUAUUCACCAGCCAAAUAAUCCCAACAUUAUAAUAUCUUUUGUCCUGCAAAAAUCAAUAGACCACAAACUCCUAUAUAAAGACCUUUGCUUUGCUUUUGAUUCUUCAUCAACCAAACUUCUCCCAUUCUUCACAAGAUGGGAACUACAACUAGAAGAGCUCAUCAGUUGCUUUGUGCUCUGGCAUUUUGCCUUGUAGCCGCCACCAUCACUACCAAUGUGGCUGCCGAUGGCCACGACAACAAGCCUUACAUCUAUGCCUCACCACCACCACCAUAUCAUUACAGUUCACCUCCGCCUCCGGUGAAAUCUCCACCACCACCCUACCACUAUUCAUCACCUCCUCCGCCAAAGAAGUCACCUCCACCACCGUAUCAUUACAGUUCUCCCCCACCUCCAAAGAAGUCUCCUCCGCCACCGUACCAUUAUACAUCGCCUCCUCCUCCUAAGAAGUCUCCGCCACCACCAUACCAUUACAGUUCUCCCCCACCACCUAAGAAGUCUCCUCCUCCACCAUACCAUUAUACUUCCCCUCCUCCUCCUAAAAAGUCUCCACCACCACCAUACCAUUACUCGUCCCCUCCUCCACCGAAGAAAUCACCACCACCACCAUACCAUUACAGUUCUCCCCCACCUCCUAAGAAAUCACCACCGCCACCAUAUCAUUACUCAUCCCCGCCUCCUCCUAAGAAGUCUCCACCACCACCAUAUCAUUACAGUUCUCCCCCGCCUCCUAAGAAGUCUCCACCGCCACCAUAUCAUUACUCUUCCCCUCCUCCUCCUAAGAAGUCUCCGCCGCCACCAUAUCAUUACUCAUCCCCUCCUCCUCCUAAGAAGUCUCCGCCGCCACCAUACCAUUACUCAUCUCCUCCUCCUCCUCCUCCUAAGAAGUCUCCCCCGCCACCAUACCAUUACAGCUCUCCCCCACCUCCUAAGAAGUCUCCGCCACCACCAUACCAUUACAGUUCUCCUCCACCACCAAAAAUGUCUCCUCCACCACCAUACCAUUAUUCGUCCCCUCCUCCACCGAAGAAAUCACCUCCACCACCAUAUCAUUACAGUUCUCCCCCACCCCCUAAGAAGUCUCCGCCACCACCAUAUCAUUACAGUUCUCCUCCACCUCCCAAGAAGUCUCCACCGCCAUCAUAUCAUUACUCAUCUCCUCCUCCUCCUAAGAAGUCUCCGCCACCACCAUAUCAUUACAGUUCUCCUCCACCUCCCAAGAAGUCUCCACCACCACCAUACCAUUACAGUUCUCCCCCGCCUCCCAAGAAGUCUCCACCACCACCAUACCAUUACAGUUCUCCCCCGCCUCCUAAAAAGUCUCCACCACCACCUUAUCAUUACUCAUCCCCUCCUCCUCCUAAAAAGUCUCCACCGCCACCAUACCAUUACUCAUCCCCUCCUCCUCCUAAAAAGUCUCCACCGCCACCAUACCAUUACAGUUCCCCCCCACCUCCUAAGAAAUCUCCACCACCACCAUACCAUUACUCAUCCCCUCCUCCUCCUAAAAAGUCUCCACCGCCAUCAUACCAUUACAGUUCUCCACCACCUCCUAAGAAAUCUCCACCACCACCAUACCAUUACUCAUCCCCUCCUCCUCCUAAAAAUUCUCCACCGCCACCAUACCAUUACAGUUCUCCCCCACCUCCUAAGAAGUCUCCUCCACCACCAUACCAUUACACUUCACCUCCUCCUCCUAAGAAGUCUUCACCAUCUCCCUACUACUAUUCAUCACCCCCUCCUCCAUCGCACUACUAGGUCGCAAUACCUACUUGAGAUCGAGAUAAACCAUGGCAUCAUUGGAUUUGAAUGAUGAAAAGGCUUUCAGUUUGAAGAUCUAUUGUUAUUUUGCGAAGAGAUUUGUGUUUGUUUAUAAUAAGGGUCCACAAAGAUGAUCUCUAUAUGUGUAUUUCUGUAUUCUAAUUUUCUUGUAUUGCCAAUGUAAUAAAUGAAGAAUCAAAGAAGAGAUUGGUAUAAUUAAAUUCUUAAUUGCUCGUUCCUACUUCCUAGUACUCCUAAAGGCUGUACUUUUUUUGUUACCAUUGUUGCCGUCACUGAUAGUCGUCGUACUACUACACCGGAAAACAAUACCACUUAUAAUUCAUUUUAAUUAAUUAAUGAGAAUCUCUCUCUAGCUAUUAAAAGUACUAAUUAUGUGGCUUCCGCGUAUGGAGCAGGUACGAAGAAUGUCCUUAAUUAAUUGGUUCAACGCGU